UUUGGUUGUGGGGCAAAAUCGCAAAAAAAAUCAACCAAACAGCACACAGAUCUGUCAUGAAGGAUACCAUCAAGGAGAAGGGUCAUAUUCUCCGUCCGUACGCUUCUUCUCAGUCCCAGACCAAAAGCUUUUGCUUGACAAGCUCUUUGUUUUGUCUCUUUUUUAAUUUUGUUUAGAGAGAGAAAAGGUGGGUUAUUGGGGGGAGAGAGACAGAGAGAGAGAAACACAGACAGAGAGUUAAGAGCCUUUAGAGGAUGUUUGAAUUGAGAGAAGGCUCUUGCUUUCCAAGGGUCUUGGUGGGUGUGAAUGUUGGUCUUGCUCUCGUUGAUGGCAUUAUAGCUGUUCUUGCAUUUUGUCAGUUAAUCAGGAUUCACUCAAGGAAUUCACAACUUGGCUGGACUCGCCAAAAAGUUUUUCAUCUGUUGAUUGGCUCUUCUAAUUUGGGUUGCUUAGUUUAUUUUGUAUUAACUCUUUUUGCUGCUUGCAAGGGGUGGCAAUGUUGGUCUAACUCUUGUGGUUUUAGCCUCAUGGCAUUACCCAAAAUUCUGUUUUUUGCUGCAUUUCUUCUACUUUUAUCAUUCUGGGUUGACCUGUGCCAUCAGGCAGAUGAUGAGGAUGAGGAGGAUGAAGGGAGUUUUCAUGAAGCUUUGUUGGAGAAGACAUUUAGCAAACGGAAUUCAAUGGAAACAGAUAGUCAUAGAAACUGUUUUCCUCUGCGUUUUGUUCAUAUUGGAAGCCGCCAGAGAAUUGUAAUUCUGGUUACCGUGGUAGUUUUUGUUAUAAUGGUGGCAUGUGCAGUGAUAAUCUGGAUUGGGAUGGGAAAAAAUCCUAUUGAUUCUGCAGUGGUGGCUCGGGUAUACGUAGAUCUGUUUGCAAUAGCAAUACUAUUGUUAGGAGGAGCAUUAGCAUGUUACGGAGUCCUAUUAUGCUUGAGAAUGAGAAAAGUUAGAUCUGAGAGAGCUUCUUCUGAGAUGUGGAAGGUUGCAGGUUUAUCUGUUGUUUCCAUUCUAUGUUUCGCCUCAAGCGCCUUUGUGGCUCUAUUAACUGAUAUUCCUAUGCUUUACCAUUGGCAUCAACAGCGUUUGAAUGAUGUUUAUACUUCUCUUUUACUGAUUUUAUAUUAUUUUGUAGGUUCAUCAAUACCCUCAGCAUUUGUACUAUGGAUCAUGAGAGAAUUACCACCCUUGAUAACAGCUAACAUACGAGAAGAACCAACUACAUUAACUUUCGUCAGUGAUGGUUCCACAUCAUUACAACAUCCUCAGAGCUGGACUACUGCAAUGAGCUUGCGGAACCAGUUUGGGUUUCAGGUGCAGAUAUCAAGAGCAAGUCCCAUAUAACACUUCUCCUCUAUGCAAAAAGUGUGCUGUCUCACUAACGUUCCUGUGUGCAAAGCAUGUCCUUCCUCUCCCAGUUUAUGAAGUGAGCUGGAAUCAGUGAAGAAUUAAGUCGGAUAAACUCUGACACCGAUAUGACAAGAUCUAUUGGGCGUUUGAGUUAUAUUGUUGACAGGCAAUUUGUGUACAGCCAUAAGUCACCAUUGCCAUGUUUUUGACAUUCUAGGGAUGUACAUAGCAACAAUAUGCUAAUUGAGGGGUUUAUUUAUUUAUUUUUUCUGUUUUGAUA